GUGACGAGCGCCCGGCUCCCUCUGGCUUUCUUUUUAUCUCCCUCCUUCUUUUCCCCAAACGGUUUCGCAGAUUCGCCAGAGCCGCCGUCCCGGAGCCUCCGUUUAUCAAAGGAGGCGGUCGGGGGGCCGGAGGCCAGCCUAGGCGGCGGUGGUCGGCGCUCGGCCCUCGGCAUUUAUUCCCGUACGUGUCCGCCGCCCCAGGGAAUCCCUCCGAUGAGUGUCGAAUGUGCGGCCGGAAGUGGGGGCCCAGUGACUCGGCAAGAGAAGAUGGCGUCCGUGUGGGACGAGGCCGAGCAAGAUGGAAUUGGGGAGGAAGUGCUCAAAAUGUCCACAGAGGAGAUCAUUCAACGGACUCGUCUGUUGGACAGUGAGAUCAAGAUCAUGAAAAGUGAGGUGUUACGUGUGACCCACGAACUCCAGGCUAUGAAGGACAAGAUCAAAGAGAACAGCGAGAAGAUUAAAGUGAACAAGACGCUGCCCUACCUUGUCUCCAACGUCAUCGAGCUGCUAGAUGUUGACCCCAAUGACCAGGAAGAAGAUGGUGCCAACAUUGACCUGGACUCCCAGAGAAAGGGCAAAUGUGCUGUGAUCAAAACCUCUACACGACAGACUUAUUUCCUGCCGGUGAUUGGCUUGGUUGAUGCAGAGAAGUUGAAGCCUGGAGACCUGGUGGGAGUAAAUAAAGACUCCUACCUGAUCCUGGAGACGCUACCCACGGAGUAUGAUUCCCGAGUAAAGGCCAUGGAAGUGGAUGAGAGGCCUACAGAGCAGUACAGUGACAUUGGCGGGCUGGACAAGCAGAUCCAGGAGCUGGUAGAGGCUAUUGUAUUGCCAAUGAACCAUAAAGAGAAAUUUGAGAAUUUGGGCAUUCAGCCUCCAAAGGGAGUACUGAUGUAUGGACCCCCAGGUACCGGAAAAACCCUUCUAGCCCGAGCAUGCGCUGCCCAGACCAAGGCCACCUUCCUGAAAUUGGCUGGGCCCCAGCUGGUACAGAUGUUCAUUGGGGAUGGUGCAAAGCUUGUCCGAGACGCCUUUGCAUUGGCCAAAGAGAAAGCCCCCUCCAUUAUCUUCAUCGAUGAGCUGGAUGCCAUUGGAACCAAGCGCUUUGACAGUGAGAAGGCGGGUGAUCGAGAAGUUCAGAGGACGAUGCUGGAACUCCUCAACCAGCUGGAUGGAUUUCAGCCCAACACCCAAGUCAAGGUGAUCGCUGCUACAAACAGGGUGGACAUCCUGGACCCCGCCUUGCUCCGCUCUGGUCGUCUGGACCGCAAGAUCGAGUUCCCAAUGCCCAACGAGGAAGCCAGAGCCAGGAUCAUGCAGAUCCAUUCCCGAAAGAUGAAUGUGAGCCCCGACGUGAACUAUGAGGAGCUGGCUCGCUGCACUGAUGACUUCAAUGGGGCCCAGUGCAAGGCUGUGUGCGUGGAAGCGGGAAUGAUUGCACUUCGACGGGGAGCCACCGAACUCACCCACGAAGACUACAUGGAGGGCAUCCUGGAGGUUCAAGCCAAGAAGAAAGCCAACUUGCAGUACUACGCCUGACGGGGCUGGGGCCAGCUCCCUGCUCUGGCUGCUGGUAAAAGGAGUAACAAUAAAGGUGGUUGGGGCUGUUUUCCCCCA